GCUGAACAUGGUGAACUCAAUUUGAAUUCGUCAGCCCAACUCAGAGGAAACUAACAUUUUCUCAUAUUAAGAGAACCUUUCUUAUAGCUUCUCAUUUCAAAAGCUACAUCACUUCUCCAACACUGAGGACAUAAGCUUGCCAUUUGUGGUUUCGUCUGAAGCUCACAACACUCCCUUUUCCAUUUUGCUUCAAUUCAAGAUAUGGUAAGAAUUCGGUGCCUGCAAGGGGAAAGCCAAAAAAGUAUGAUAGUUUGGAUAAUGUUGAUGAUGCUUUGUUUUUGUUUAAUAAGAUGAUUCACAAGUACCCAAUGCCUUCUGUUGUGGAAUUCAACCAAUUAUUAGGAGCCAUUGUUCGAAUGAAACGAUAUGCCAUUGCUGUUUCUAUGUGUAAGCAGAUGGAAUUCUUCCGAGUUUCCCCUGAUGUUUAUACUUUGAACAUCUUAACUAAUUGCUUUUGUCACUUAGGUCAAAUUGAUUGUGGGUUUUCUGUUUUGGGGAAAAUGCUCAAGUUAGGUGUUGAACCUACUGUUGUAACUUUUUCCACUUUGAUUAAUGGACUUUGUAAUCAAAGUCAGAUUUCUCACGCUGUGAGUUUGUUUGAUGAAAUGAUUGGACAGGGGUAUCGACCUAAUUUAAUUGUUUACAGCACCAUACUUAAUGGUUUGUGUAAGACUGGGAAUACCUAUCGAGCUGUUAGGUUUCUAAGGAUGAUGGAAGAAAGAGGCUUUGAACCCAAUAUUGUAGCAUAUAGCACAGUCAUUGACUGUCUUUGUAAAAACGGGUUACUAAAUGAGGCUCUCGAUCUCUUCUCCGAAGUGAAGGUUAAGGGCAUUAGACCAAAUACCGUUAGUUAUAAUUGCUUAAUUCAUGCUAUGUGUAAUUUGGGCCAACAAAAGGAGACAACACGGCUUUUGAAUGAAAUGGUGGAUAACAAUAUUUCAUGUGAUAUUGUCACGUAUAACGUAUUGAUCGAUGCACAUUGCAAGGAGGGGAUGAUUUCGGAAGCGAUAGAAAUCCUUGACACAAUGAGAAAGCAUGGCAUUGAGCCUAAUGUUAUCACGUACAAUAUAUGUAUUGAUGCAUGUUGCAAGGAAGGGAUGCUUGCUGAAGCUAAAGAUAUUGUUGACACGAUGAUAAAGCAAGGCAUUGAGCCUGAUGUUGUUACCUAUAGCGUGUUAGUAGACGGUCAUUGCUUGCAAAACCAAAUGGAUAAAGCUAAAAGUGUAUUUCAGCUGAUGAUUGAGAAGGGUUGUGCACCUGAUAUACAUAGUUGCAACAUUAUGAUCAACGGAUAUUGCAAAGCUAAGAGGUUGGACGAAGCAAUGGAACUCUUUGAUGAACUAGCUCAAAACGGACAAAUCCCUGAUGCAGUGACAUACAACACUCUUAUGCAAGGUAUGUGUCGGUUAGGGAGAGUUUCUACUGCAUGUAAACUUUUGAGGACGAUGCUUGCUUCUGGGCCAGUUCCAAAUCUAGUGACAUGUUCGAUUUUGUUGGAUGGUUUAUGCAAAAGUGGUAAACUUGAAGAGGCAUUGAAACUUUUUCAAGCAAUACAGAAGAGUAGAUUGGAGGUUGAUAUCGUCUUUUACAAUAUCUUAAUUGAUGGCUUGUGCAAAGCUGGGAAUAUUGAAACUGGAAAGGAAUUAUUUCAUGAGCUCUUUGUCAAUGGUUUAAAACCUGAUGUUUACACAUAUUCUAUAAUGAUUAACCGGUUCUGUACAGAGGGAUUGCCAGAUGAAGCAUGCCAGUUGUUUAGGAGCAUGGAAGAGAAUGAUUGUUUGCCUGAUAGCUUCUGUUAUAAUAUAAUGAUCCGGGGAUUUCUUCGAAACAGCUAUACCUCGAAGGCAACACAACUUCUUAAAGAAAUGGUGAGUAAGGGCUUUUCUGCAGAUAUAUCAACUGCAACCUUAUUUCUGGAUCUUAUCUUACGAUCUAAUAAUAAAUCAAUCUUGAUCUGAAAUGUUUCACAGAUAGUGUAAAGAUUGACACUUGUAAAUGUGAAUCAAUUUGUUCAUAUUGUACUGCCGUGAUAAGUUAAAAAGUUUUCAUUCUUCCC